UGGAAAGGCUCUGUCGUAUGCUUGACGAGUGAAAUCCGAGCCAUGCAGUAAAGUCUGCCUGCCUCGAGUGAGGAAGCAGUCGUCCGCCUGUAAGCUGCCAGACAUCUCGAGGUGGGCCUCCAAGAUCUGCAGCGAUCUGUACCUAAAUAUGAAGCCUCAUUGGUCCAACGUUGCCCGGAAGUAGUCGGAAGGACGUUUGAGAAAUGACUGCGCUGGGAGCGAAGGUACAGACCAUUCCUGGACUCUUUCAGUGCAAUGGAAGACGACAGACUUAUGAGUCCAUGUAACUAGUGAUACUAUCCCACGGAAGCAGUUCAUGGCAAAUGGACAGGGUUAGGUGAGUGGAGAUAGGUGUUUCCCUGCGAUUUGUUUGCUGAGCCCGAGUGCCCUCGCCAAGAAGCGAACCUCUUUUGUGUAUGACGAGAGGAAGACAAAAGGGCUGGGGACCAGCAGAGGAGCUGUUUCGACAGCUAAGAAAGUCAACCGCUGCCUCCGAAGACACGGUUUGAUUCGGUUUUUAUCAAUCACUCAUCUGAAGAAUGUUGGCAAGGCAGCCACAUCAAGAACAUUAGGCUUGAGAUGAGCGUUUCUGGCACGGCACUGUUCUUUGCAACCGAAUUCAUCUGUUAGACAUAGAGGGUUCUCAUGGCCACAGCAGCUGAGUACAUCCAUGGCUCCCUCUUGGCAACCAUUGGUGCUGCUCAGAACCAUACUAAGGUUCCGGUCAAUAGGUCUACGAAAAUGCUCUCGGGAGAACUACUCUGACACAUGUCAUACGCCAGCAUGUAUUAAAGAGCAGCCCAAGAGACACAUACUGCACCAUACUCUACAAUCUUAGGCCGCUGGAUCAUCACUCCAGUACAAUCAGGAAAGAAAUGCUAGUCAUGUUCUCUCUUCCGAUCUUCUCUUUAGCACUCGAAUGUACGGGCGUUUCCAUCCCGUCUGUGGCACUUGCAGAUUCAACUUUCAGAUGACGUUUGACUCUCGAAUGUGAGACCUUUGCUGUCCAAGCUACCGGGCUUAUACGAAAUAGUCACUGCUGUCCAUGCCUUCUCAGUUUAGAGUUCGACUGUACUGAGGUUGCUCCCACAGCAUGUUAUCUUUUCUCACAAUGAGAAGAUUGUGGAACGUUGAACUGCAACUCGACGGAAGUUAAUUUGCACUAUUAGUCUUCCGAUUUAGAAACAUCCAACGAGGUCGUAUGUUCUAAAUCGCU